AUAUCGAUGCACCAUAGACUGCAGCGGUUUUUAGGUUAAAUUGAAAUAUUCCUCUUUCCAAUUAAAUUGCAAUGAACUUCUAAUAUUAUUUUAAGAGGAAGCGUCUGUGUGUAAAAUGGCGGUGUCCUUUUUUGGGAGGCGAAUCGCUUCAACGCGACGGAAUUUUUUGAAAAUUCCGAAACGACACGGAUAUAUAGUCCUACUUCCAGAAAUAGGUGAAGAAUCAUCGGAAAAGAAUCCUUUGUUAAAAAAUGAUAAUUUACCAGAGUUUAAUACAAUUACAAUUGAGAAAUGCAUAGCAGCCAUUGGAAAACAAACUGUAGAUUUUGAAGAAAAGAUGAAAAGCCUAGAAAAAGUAGAAACGAGGAAAAAUUUAGAUGUAUUUAACGAUUGGUUGCAUCCAAUAGAGGAAGCAUAUCUUCCUCUGGAGACCACUUGGGGUAUAGCAAAGACUUUGUACUUUGGCAAUCAAAGUCUGAUGCCAACGAAAUGUUAUGUUGGUAUUCAUGAACGUGCCACAAGAGCUAUAGCUAGUAAAUUUGGUAGUAAGCCACUUUUCAAAGCAUGCAAGGAAGCACUGGAUAAUAAGGACAGCAAAUUGACACAUUCGCAGAAAAGAGUGCUUACCAAAUAUGUGUUAGAGGGAACUUUGAACGGCUUGCAAUUGCAGGACAAAGAAUUUGAAAUGUAUUCAGAUGAUCUCAAUUAUAUCAUGUCGAAAAUCAAGGAGUAUAAGGCGAAAUACGAGAGUUCUACAGCUGUAUACAGUAUGACGAUACAAAAUAAACAUAUUGUGGAGGAUUUUCCAGAAAACUAUCUCAAAUCCAUUGCGCUCAAUCCUACACAACCUUAUGCAGGCCCUUGGAUAAUCACUUUAAAGCCGUAUAUCCUGCAACCAUUUAUGGAAUAUUGUCCUGAUCGUAAAUUGAGGGCAGCGAUUUGGGAUGCCGAUGUCACUCGAUGCUCUAAUUAUCAAGAGAGAUCCGUUCAGGCCAGUGUAACAUUGGAGGAACUUCGAGCAAGAAGAAUCGAACAAGCAAAACGUUUAGGAUUCAAAAAUUAUGCGGAGAUGAGUAUGGAAACAAAAAUGGCCGGUAAUCUAGAGAAUCUACACAACACAUUAGAAAUUCUUCGGAGUACUGCGUUUCCGGCUCAGGAACAAGAAAUCGCAAGUUUAACCGAGUUUGCAAAGGAGAGGGAUUUUGAUGACACUCUAAGGGUAUGGGAUAUUGCAUUCUGGGGUAGAAAACAACGUCGCAACAUGUUCAAUUGCGACGAAAACAAAUGGAGGCCGUAUUUUCCGUUGCCGACUGUUCUGUCGGGUCUUUUCGAGCACAUCGAGACUCUCUUUAACGUGAAAAUCGUUGAGAGCAAAAAAGCAGAUAUUUGGCACAAGGAUGUCUGGUUCUUUAACAUAUUCGACUUGAAUAUAUCUAGCACAGUACCCAUUGCGAAUUUCUACCUAGAUCCUUAUGCCAGAGGAGCAGAGAAGUUCCGUAAGGAACAGGACUCGGGAUGGAUAUCCACAAUUAAGAGUAAAAGUAAAGUCGGCAAUAGUACUCCAUUGAUUGCCCUAAUUUUCAACUUUCCACCGCCGGUAGGCGAUAAACCCUCUCUGCUUUCCUUUAGAGAUGUGCAGGUUCUCUUCCAGAAGUUCGGACAUGGUUUACAACAUUUGCUAACUACAGUUGAGUAUUCGGAUAUUGCAGGAUUAUCAUUUGUGGAAUGGGAUGCGGUGUUCAUUUGCGACUACUUUAUGGAGAACUGGCUGUACGAACCGUUUAUAUUACAAAAGAUUUCAAAACAUUAUGAAACAAAUGAACCAUUACCCGCGGAAGCUAUUGAAAGCAUUAAAAGGAUGAGAUCGCAUUUGGCCGGCUACAAACUUUGCAAGGAACUUUAUCUGUCACAUUUGGAUCUGGAGUUGCAUUCCAGUGAAACAUUUUGGGUACAAAUGAUGAAACGUUUGUGGCCAAAGUAUUUCGUAUUGCCUCUCGAAAAAAGAGAUGUUCAUGUCUGCAAUUUCGAUGUUAUUUGGAGUGGCAAUUGGGCAGCUGCAUAUUUCAGCAAAGUUUGGUCAGAGAUGAUAGCUGCCGAUUUAUAUACGGCUUUUCAAGAGAUCAAAUCCGACAAGUCGCAACAAAAGGAGUUGGGCAUGAGAUUUCGUAAUACAUUCUUAUCCUUGGGUGGUAGUUAUCCCGCUGCUGAGGUAUUCAGGAAAUUCAGGGGAAGAGAUCCAAGUCCGCAGGCGUUAUUGGAUAAUCUUGGAUUAACACAAACGGCAAAGGGAGUCAAGUGUGAUUAGAUAGAUUACUAGUACACAAAAAUAAAUCCUGUAAUCAAUCCUGUAUAGUAACUUUUUAAUGAUAGAUCCAAGAAUUACUAGAUGUAAAGCGAUUGUUUUGCAAUAAAUUAUUACCUGUAAAA